UUUAUGAAUAUGAUGUACUACUUACUAUACUUUGAUAAUUUAGAUUAUCAUGAUGUACAUCCUAGCUUAGUUACCCCUAUUUGAUAUAUGUGUGUAUCGUCUAUGUGCUGUAACAAUGCUCGGUCUCAUCUAACGGAUCUAAACGAUCUUGAGUAAUUGCUGAAUAGUAUUGCGAAUUCUCUUAUCCUAUACUAACCCAUCGGUGUACAUUUUGUUAUUCGACCACGCCCAAUAAAUGGGAGCAAAAAUCCUCGAAUUACGCAUAUUCUUUUAAGUGAACUUCUCGUUUUUUCCUGUUCUCGGUAAAGAAUAAAACAUUUUCCCUUAAACGUCGCUUUCUUGGAAUAUAGAAUACCGGUCAUUUACGGUUUUUGUUCGUCCUUUGUUUAACUAUGAAGAAGACAUGUUCGGAGGUUAUUGCUGAAACUCUUGUUUCGCUACAAGUAAAGUACGUUUUUGGAAUUGUUGGUAUUCCGGUUAUCCAAGUAGCUGAGGCAAUUCGAGAUGCUGGCAUUCACUUCGUCUCUUUUCGUAAUGAACAAAGUGCAGCUUAUGCCGCUACUGCAUAUGCAUAUUUAACCAAAAAACCGGCUUUUUGUUUGGUCGUUGGCGGCCCCGGUGUUAUCCAUGCUAUGGCAGGUGUAUUUAAUGCAAACAAUAAUAGGUGGCCACUUGUGCUACUUGCUGGAUCUUCAGAGACAAGUUUGCGUCAUAUGGGUGCUUUUCAGGAAUUUGAUCAGGUCUCAUUUUUGACUCCGCAUACCAAAUUUGCAGCAAGGCCACCUUCAAUUCAGCUGCUCCCUUCGUACAUUCAACGUGCGUAUCGUGUGUCACAUUUUGGUACUCCAGGAACUGCUUAUGUCGACCUCCCGGCGGACCUUAUUGAAUCCAGUACAGCAAGUGAGGAUAUUUGCAUUCCUUCACCAAGCAACAUUCUGGAUUCUCCAGUUGUUAAUGCAGCAGAGGAUGUGCUCAACAAGGUCGCAGAUAUCCUGAUCCAUGCAAAAGCUCCACUGAUUGUAGUUGGAAAAGGUGUUGCGUAUUCAAAGGCUGAAGAUGCCGUUUACAAUCUUGUCGAGAAAAGCGGGAUUCCAUUCCUACCAACUCCUAUGGGAAAAGGAUGUAUUCCAGAAACACACCCUCUUAAUGCAUCUGCUGCACGAUCCUCUGCCCUCAAAUCUGCAGAUGUGGUUAUCUUGCUUGGUGCUCGGUUGAACUGGCUGCUUCACUUUGGGAAACAGCCUCGUUGGUCCCAAACUGUCCGCUUUAUCCAAGUUGAUACUUGUGCAGAGGAACUUGGAAAUAAUACAUCACUUGGCUCAACAUUCGUUUGGGCUGACAUAGCGUGUUUUGCAAAUCAAUUGAGCACACUUUUGGAAAAGAAAGGUUAUAAGCGCUCUCCUUCUGUUGCGCAAUACGUUAACUCACUAGCAGCUGUGAGGAAAAAGAAUGAACAAAAGGCACUUAAUCAAUUGCAAAGUUCAACUCCCCUCCGCAUGAAUUAUUCUCUACACGUUAUGAACGAAGUAUUAACGUUGCUUUCUAAAAACAGUUCUACACCUGUAACGUGGGUCUCGGAAGGUGCUAAUACAAUGGAUAGGAGCCGUUUGCUUUUACAUGUGUCUCAUGCAAGGGGUCGAUUGGAUGCUGGAACCACGUCUACCAUGGGAUUAGGAAUGGGUUAUUCUAUCGCUACCGCUUUGGCAAAUCCAAACCACCGGGUCGUGUCAGUGUUUGGUGACAGUGCUUUUGGAUUCAGUGCUAUGGAGGUUGAAACUGCUAUUCGUAAUAAGCUCAACAUUAUUAUUAUCAUCCUCAACAACAACGGAAUAUAUCACGGGCUUGAUGCUGAUUCUUAUAAAGACUUAGAAGAAAAGAAUCAGCUUCCGACAACGGCAUUAAGUGUAGCAACGCGUUAUGAUGCCAUAUGUCAAGCUUGUGGCGGUCAAGGUUUUUUCGUCCAAACGGAGCAAGAGCUUAAAGAUGCUUUGACAACAGCUUGGAAAACUAAUAACGUUUCCCUUAUCAAUGUUAUGAUUGAUCCUGAAAGCAAAAUGAAAUUGAUAUUUAACUGGAUGCAAGAAACAAAGAAACCAGUGAAAUUGUAAUUAUUAAUUGUACUAUUGCCAUUAUUAUGAAUAUUAAUAUGUUUCAUUAGCAAUCAUGAUCAUAUGUCGUCUCAAAGUUUGGAGAUAUAAAAAGCUAGCUUGCGUUACAUUCUGGAAUAAGCAUCAAGAACAUCUGAUAAUAGCAAAGAUCCGAUAUCUGAGUAUUUACCUUGUGCAAUGGGUAAUGCUCCAGGUAGACUUCCAUUGUUGAUCUUUGGUUGAAUGCUUAAUAUUCUGCAUAGAAGGUUGUAUAUUUCAACAUUUGCGAACGGGGAUAAUUGCUGUCUUGGAUGUAACUUAUGGAAUGAUGGACCCGAGGCCACAAACAAGGCUCGCAUUAACGGUGACCUGUUGUCAUAACCAUGAACACCUUUAGGGUCAUAGUCAAUUUCUGGUGAAUGAUCAAGGCUGGAAACAACAGACCAACCAGGCUGAGGCACAAUCCAGUUAGGGGCGAUGCGAUCAUUAGCUGAAUAAUGCCAUCUUUCAAGCAUGGUUUCCCGCGAAUAGUAUGACCAUGGGUAUCCAUUACUAGGUGCGUUUUUUCGCAGAUCAGUUGCUAUUCCAAUAUCGUCUUCGUUGUCAAAUCCACGAUAACCAGCCAAGGGCCAACCGUCUCGGUAUUGGACCUGAGAAAUGUUCAUGACAUCGUCCAUCCAUAUCAAGCGAGAAUUGGAAGUCGGUGCCAUACCGUGAUCACUGACGAAGACGAUGUUGAGAAUCUCCUUCAAAUUUCUUUUCUGAUAGACCUCGUGCAGAAACGUAGAAAGAGAGUCAUCGACUAUUCUGAGUGUGGAGUUCAGUUCAAAUGAUUCUGGACCGAAUGCAUGGCCCACGGAAUCGAUAUGAGGGAUAUACAAAAGCAGAAGCUGAGGACGUGUCUCAUCGGGCAAGUCCAACCAAUUUAUUACAUCCUGGAAUUUUCGGUCAAGUCCCAUACUACCAUUGUAGGGUGUGUAGAAUGUCGGUUUAAGACCAUUAUUUUCUACUUCUGAACCAGGCCACAUGUGAACAGCACUUCUUAUACCAUUGCGUUCAGCAUUGAUCCAAAUUGGUUCGGAAUGCGACCACCAUUCCGGAUCAUGGUUGCAGUCUGGUCUAGUAUUAACAAAAUCUUUGUCUGAAGAUCCGUCAUGGAAGUUGUUACUGACUAUUCCAUGGACUUCUGGGUAAUCACCUGUUACUAAGGUGUAAUGAUUUGGAAAAGUCAUUGUAGGAAAAGAAGGAAUCAAAUAUGGAGCUUGAAUUCCAUUUUGUGAUAUGUUGAAUAGCGUCGGUGUCAAAUUUCGAUAUAAGUAAUCUGCUCGAAAUCCGUCAAAAGAAACGAGCAAAACUGUCGGCUUAAAUGUGUUUGUUCCAUUACUCAAAACCUCUCCUCUAAACGGAAAGUAUAGUAGCGUUGUUGUAAAGCGAGAACACAACCAAUAUCCGCACCCUAUAACUAGAGCUACGCAAGCGAAAUAGAACCUUCCCAAAUACCAAUGCGCGUCCCUUCUUUGAUGGUGCACGUUUGGGAUUCCAUAGUUACCAAAUAAACGAAAAAUAGACAGCAUAGCCUUUUUUCAGCGACACUUGUAGGUGACUGAUUGAAUCGUAUUAAAUGUUAUUCAUUACUCUGCUUCACCUAUUAGACAAAAAACGAAAGUAUUAAAGUGAAGAAGAACAAAACUUGCUCAAUGAGAAACAACUCUUGGCUUCAUGGCGUUCUAUAAUUUGCCGAUACGUAACGGCAAAAGACUUUAAAAUCUCCUUGUUGCACGUACAUAAUGCACCCAGAUUAGAAUAAUGGAACACGGAGAGUAAUGGGAUACUGAGAAAUGAUCCUUGUUCGUUUGUCGAAACAAAACACCGUGUUCCAGAAAAGGUAAUCGGUGAAAUAUCAGUACACGUACUACUUUUCUGGGUGCUUUGCGUUGUGCUAGAGUCCAUGCUUUGGCACUUCUGCAAGGCAACAGCAUCUCCUUGCAAUUCUUCAAAAGUAUUCUCACACAUGUGUUUAUAAUUCGGAACUUUGAAAUAAUCAAGUGCUUCAGGGUCCAUUGUCUUUGGAACAAAGGGGCCCGUAUUGGUAAGGAUGCUAGACCAUUCAAAGUCCUUAAAGAAACUAAGAUUUUGGAUUUGUAUAAACCCUGCAACACCAAGUCGCUUGCAAGGGUUCUUAUCCAGCAACUGUGUUACCAUCUCAAUUGCUUCUUUAGAGCAGGCGUCCUUGUUCUUCGGCCACAUAAUUGGUUGAUUAACAAUGUUGUUGAAGAGAUCAUUUACAUUUUCUGCAACAAACGGAGGACGGCCAAAAAGCAUUUCAAACAUGACGCACCCAAGAGCCCACCAGUCAACCAUUUCUGUGGUAAUAUCUCCUUCAAUUGCUUCUGGUGAAAGAUAGCUCGGUGUACCUGCAACUCGAGUUCGGUGUUUUUGACAACUGUCAGUAAGAAUGCUACAGUCAAGAAGACUGUAAAUAGCUUCGUCGGCACAUUUAAUGUGCACAUUUUCGAGACGGCAGCACAAGUCACUUUUCUUGGUACUAUUGGUGAUAUCGACAGAACGACUUCUGGUAUGGCUUCUUAUAAAUGUGCUUUUGUGUUUAUAGUCUGUAUUUGUACCCAAGAACGUACUGAGGCCAAAAUCCGUUAACUUCAUAUGACCUUCGCUGUCAAUUAGUAUGUUUGAGGGCUUUAUGUCAUGGUGUAUAAUACCAUGUUCGUGGAUGUUUGCUACAGCAUAGCACAGCUGUGCCAUAUAAUAACGGACCCAAUCUUCAGGUAAUGCUCCCAAGUUUGAUAAUAGGGAAAAGCAAUCACCACCGUUCAUGUAUUCUAAAACGUAACAUAUAAACGAUUUGCUUUCAAAAGCAUAGAACAAUUUCACAAUACUUGAGGACAGCUGAUACAUCUUCGUUAUAUUACGUUCAUUGAUGACAUUUUUCAGUGUGUUCGCAUUCGUGAGAUCAGCCUUCCUGACUAUUUUAAUAGCGAAAAGCACGUCUGUACUUUUCUUUUUUGCGAGGAAGACAGAUCCAAAAGCACCUCUGUUGAUUGUUUUUAUAACCUGAAAGUCCUGAAUGCACGGUUGUGGAAAUUUGCUAAGCACCAAAUCUUCUAGCUUCGGAAGCGCUAGGGACCAUACUAAAGACUGAAUCGUAUCAGAGCAAGAAUUUUCGGCAACAAUUUUUGAAAGAGCGUAGACGGACAAAUCGUCCAAGAAAGCACGCUCUGUGUGUGCACGAUUAUUUUUCAAGCGCACACAUGUUCUUGAAUGAUUGAAAGCAAGGGUACAACUAGUGUCAGAAAAACUUCGUUGAAAUGGACAUCUCUUCUUCAUAGAUUGUGAAAGUCCGCUUCUUUUAAAAGAAUUUUGGGGGACGUAGGAACAGCUUUUGCUCAUUGUUCCUUUAGUAUUCGUGUUUUCAAGAAUGUUGAUCGACUGAUAGAACUUCCUUGAAUGUGUAUGAUAACUGAGAUUGGAAGGAAUGAAUUCGAUACUGCGUAAGGAAGCAAAGUGCCGAAUCUUAAAGUCCGUAUCUUGGAGAACCAAACCGAAAAGCUUAACAUUAUUCUUCAUACGAAGCAAUGCUUCGUUCUUUUUCGUUAUGGAGUGUCGUAUAUCAUGGAGCAUUUUAGAUAGAUCGGACUUCACCUUGCACUUAAAAUCCCAUACAAGACUCUUCUGGAGCAACAUACUCAUGAUUUUUUCGUUAUUCGAAGGAUCUGGAAAGUAU